AGCUGGCAGAGCAAAAAAUCUGUUACAGAAUAUCUCAGACAUUUUCUUGAAAAUAAAAUGUUCAUUGACGUCACAUUCCGGGUGGAGAAAGAACAGAAGAGCGCCCAGGCUCACAAACUGAUUCUCAGCAUAAAGUCGAUUGUACAUCACCAAGUUUGAUUGUAGCUACAAUCGUUUCAUAAAACCUGGGCCCUGUGACUCUAAUAAACUAAACUGUAUUUUCAGCUACAAAAUGACAACUCGGAAAAGACCUCGAUUGUCUCAGUGGGGAUCUGUGAAGAGCUGGCAGAGAGAAGAAUCCAUCACUCAGUGUCUGAGAUACUCUCUUCAAAAGAAAGUUCUUACUGACGUGACUUUCAAGGUGGGGAGAGAACAGAAGAGCGUCCAGGCUCACAGACUGAUUAUCAGUAUCCGCAGCGGCGUGUUCGAGGCCAUGUUCUACGGACUAUUGGCAGAGCAGGGUGAGAUCGUCAUUCCGGAAGUGGAACACGACAUAUUUGAACAGUUUCUAAGGUAUCUCUACACAGAUGACGUCACAAUGGAUGGUGCCAGUGUAAUGGGUUUGUUGUACGUAUCAAAGAAGUAUGACGUCAAAACCCUGGAACAGAAGUGCCUGGCGUAUUUAUCUUCAUCGAUGACGUCAGACGACGCCUGUGUGAUACUGGAACAGGCCCACGUGUUUGGUGAGCAGGAAUUGAAAGAAAAGGCUCUGACCUUUAUUUUGGAAAAUGGAGAUGCCGUUCUAAAAUCAUCUGGAGUUACCGACCUUUGUCACGAAUGCUUGGUUAAGAUCAUACAAGCGGAAGAACUGGAGACCGAUGAACAAUCUGUCUUUGAAGCUGUUGUGGCGUGGAGUGAGAGCGCGUGCAGGAAACAGAACAAAGGUAUAACUCACGAAAACAGACGACAAGUGAUUGGGGAAGCCAUAAAGCUCGUGCGGUUUCCCACAUUUGAUCAAAAGUAUUUCGUUAAAAAUGUAGUACCAACUAAUUUGCUGAGUGACACAGAAAAACUCAAGAUCUUGGCACACUGCGUAUGUCCAGAUGAAAACGUUUCACCAUUUAACGGCAAAAAGCGCAUAGGUGUUAUUCGUCAAGAGAAAAUUAUAAUACAGCGCUUCACCAUAAAAGAUAAUUAUUGUUGCACAUUUUUUACUGAUAAGGAUUAUGGAAUUAUAUUUUCCAUAAACCAAGGCGCAUCACUACUAGGAUUCCAGUUGUAUGGUCCCUAUAAGAGAACCACUUCAAAUUAUGACGUCAGAGCUUUCAUAACUGACCCGACAACAGAUGACGUAAUCGAAGGUUCAUCAGUGACAAAAUCAGUCUUAGUCGCAGCUGGGACGACAACAUAUGACGUGGAGUUUCCUCGACCCCUAAAACUGAGCAAAGACAAGAGGUACAAUCUGAUAGUUAAUAUCAAAGGACCUAACUCACGCUGUGGAGGGUCGGACAGAUCUGCAGUAAAGAACGGGUCGUUUGUGUGCUCGUUCUUCAAGUGCCAGGAAUCCAAACACGGUAACAAACUUUGUUCAUGGACAGAUGUUGAUGUAGGACAGAUACCUGGUUUGAUGUUCUUAGUAUGACAACCUGUAGUUGAAGAUAAUGUUAUAGUAAAGUAGUGUUAGUAUGGAGUCAUCUUCCUAGUAGUACUUGGUGGGACUUUCUCUAACAGCCCAGCUAGUAGAGCAUUGGAAUCUUAUAAAUCAGUGCUCGAAAUACUGCCGUCCCGACCACUUUUUGUCGGUGAACGUCACCACGGGCUGGGAAAUAUGUUUGCCUUUAUAUUGUAUGAUCAUGUUUGGUCUGGUAGGUUUUCAUUUAGUCCGGCAGAAUUUCUGGUUUCCAGCCAAUUUCAACCCCUGUAUAAAUGGUCCGAAGUUCCACCCCAUUCAGUAUUGAUUGCUUUACAUGUAAAUGUUACAAUUUGUGGCCCAGAGGCCCGGGACAGACAUAGACUUGAGGGUGUAGUAGUGUUGGUAUAAUGUCACCCUCCUGCGCAGUAGCCAGUUAAAUGUAUUUUGUUAGCUCUGUUGGUAAAGCUUAGAUACAGACAUACAUAUGCAUGUACGAGUGCACGCACACGCACACCGAGAUACACACACACACACAGAGACACGCACACAUACGUAUAGUUGGUAUUGCGUAGAUACAUACAUACAUAUGUAUGUAUGGGCACACACACGCACACACGUACAGCGACAGACACGCAUACAUACACUUACAUAUUGAUACAUAUAAAGUUGGUAUAAAGUGCUCCUAAUUGAAUAUAUGCUUACUAUGAUUAUUACAUAUAAAAUUGUUUUGUCAUUUCUAAUAGCAAGCCCUUCAACCCUCAUAGGUUUAACUAAUGCGCGGGAAAAGGUCUCACAUCACUAUAUAUUUGAGCACGAUAUUCACCUCUUUCGGUGUUCACCGAAAUAAUAAUUGCAUCAAAGACACCGGACGUAUAGGUUUUUGUAUUUGUUAAAACCUUUUCAUUAAAUGUAUCAUUUUUUUAUUUAAAAAACCCAGUUUCAUUUAUUUGAUUUCGUGUCAACUAAUUUUCGUGCUUAUAUCCAGUUAAGGUUCAAGCAGGCUGUCCCAGACACGCACCUAGGCUGUCUAUCCAGGAUAGUGGGUUAGUUGUUAGUGGUUAAUUAGUGAAGAGAGGGUGUAGUGGUCUUACACCUUAACCAUUGAGUCGUUAAAACUCGCUCUGGGUGGACGCGGGUAUCGGGCUGCGACCCCAGUACCUACCAGCAUUAUGUCUGAUGGCUUAACCACGACACCAUCGAGGCCGGUGUGCGGCGUGCGUACCCUACACCACAUCGUUACAACUUUUAAAAGAAAACCAAAGAAAACCAAAGAAAAUAAAUAAUAAACAAAAGAACACAACAAAAAAAACCCUGAAUGGAAUUGUGUAAAAAUACUGGGGUUGAAACGAGUAAAGGUAAUGACACUGUAUAUUUGAUGCACUGAUAAUUAUCUUCAUUAAUUAAUGGAUUGGGUGAUGUACUUGAUAAAUUUACAUUGAAGCAUCAAUUAGUCCCUGUAAUUUAGCCAACCGCUAUGAUGUAGGUUGGAGGCCUUGACUAAGGAGAUUUAUAUAUUUUGCAUGUAUUGGUUACUAUAAUUUCUAAAUUUUGGUAUUUAUGUGUGUGGUUUAAAAAGUGUACAUAUUUUGUUUCACGUAUACAUUUUAUCUUGGGCAUUUGCCAUAUUAAUGUAAUGUGUUAAUGAUACAAUCAUUCUGAUACGUUGUAAUUAUG